AUGGCAGCUCUUGCCAUCUCCCAUUUCUCUCUGAUGCAUGUGCACUGCUUUGCACCAUCACACAAGCCGGUUGUCCUCGUCUUGAAUGCUCCAGCAAUCACUUGUGAAGCUGACGAGGGCGCGCAGGAGCCUCCUACUAAGAACAAACGCGAUAGACCCCCCGGUUCCUUCACGCGUGGUCGUGGCUGUGGGAGCACGCUUACCGCAGACUCAGAGCUUUAUGACCGGGGUGAGACUGAAACACUUUUAUUAUUGGCCACCGCUUCUCCUCGAUCCAGGUGCACUACUAAAUUUAAAAGCCUCUGCAUCGCGCACGUAGCCCCCACUCCAGACUGA